AUGCUCGCCUCCGGCCUCUCCCAGAUGCACGGCCAGGUGCUCCCCGCCUUCCUGCUCUGCAGCACACUGCUGGUCAUCAAGAUGUACGUGGUCGCGAUCAUCACCGGCCAAGUGCGGCUGCGGAAGAAGGCCUUUGCUAACCCCGAAGAUGCCCUUCGACGUGGAGGCCUCCAGUACCAUAGGACCGACCCCGACGUGGAGCGCUGCCUCAGGGCCCACCGGAAUGACAUGGAGACCAUCUACCCCUUCCUGUUCCUGGGCCUUGUCUACUCCUUCAUGGGCCCCAGCCCCUUCGUUGCCCAUAUACACUUCCUCUUGGUCUUCGUGGGCCGCAUACUUCACACUGUGGCCUACCUGGGGAAGCUGCGGGCUCCCACCCGCUCCUUGUCCUACACCCUGGCCCAGCUGCCCUGCUUCUCCAUGGCCCUGCAGAUCAUCUGGGAAGUGGCCCACCACCUGUGA